UGUUAAAAAUUUUUAUAAGGGAAUCAAAUGGUAGUAUGGAAGGCAUCGUUGAUAAGUUGAGUACCGGCCAUACAUACAUACAUACCCAACCCCAGUGCUAAAGUGGUUGUGAUAGCACUGGUAAGGCUGAGCCCCCCUUUAGAGCUGAUGCGAGGCUGAGCUUAGAGAGACUCUAUGUAUGUGUUUGUGUUGAGUCAAUAGUCACUCCAAUUGCUUUUCAUGUAAUCAUAUAAUGAAGUGAAUAGUCGAGAGAGAGAAGUGUUGGUUAUAUUUUGUUAUUUCAAACUUUUAUAAUUCAAAGCAAUGACAACACAUUUUGUGCUAAUAUUUYACCCAAUAUUUCAUUAUUUUAAUGCACGCCUAAUGUGAUAAAUCCGGCGAAAAAUUGCUCAACAAAUGUCAUUUAAAUUUGUUUAACAACUUUUUUAUAUUGAUUACCAAUAAUAAUAUCGCUUAAAUGAUUAAAUCAUGGAUUACGAUAAAGAAGAUCUAAAAACUUACAGAUAUGACAGCGAUAAGUACGAGAAGAAGAGGAUUAAAGUGCUUCAGAAGGAACGGGAAUACAUACAGACAAAGACAUUCACAAAAUGGAUUAAUUCAAUACUUAAUAAAGCCCAUUUGGAAGUUAAUGACAUCUUUGUCGACCUAACGGAAGGAAUAUUACUAUUGAAACUCUUGGAAAUGAUUAGCGGAGAAAAGUUAGGAAAACCAAAUAAUGGCAAAAUGAGAGUCCAUAAGAUUGAAAAUGUCAACAAAAGUCUUGCUUUUCUUCAUACAAAGGUUCGACUCGAAAGUAUCGGUGCCGAAGAUAUAGUCGACGGAAACAAACGAUUAAUUUUAGGUCUUCUCUGGACUAUUAUUCUAAGAUUUCAAAUACAAGAUAUUGAAAUACAAGUGGACGAAGAAAGCUCUGAGAAAAAGCACGCAAAAGAAGCGCUGCUGUUGUGGUGUCAAAGAAAAACCUCUGGUUAUCCAUAUGUAGAGGUAAGAGAUUUUACACAAAGUUGGAGAUCAGGGAUGGCAUUCAAUGCCCUGAUUCACGCGCACCGACCAGAUAUUAUCAAUUACAAGUCCUUAAACCCACACAAUCCCAUCGAAACACUAAACAAUGCCUUCGAUGUCGCCGACAAAGAAUUAGGAGUUUCAAAACUUCUUGACGCCGAAGACGUAGACACUGCAAAACCCGACGAGAAGUCUAUCUUGACAUAUGUCUCGUCAUAUUAUCAUACAUUUGCCAAAAUGAAUAGUGAGAUGAAAGGCGGCCGAAGGAUCGCCAACAUUGUUCAACAACUGAUUGAUAUCGAUCGCCAACAGCUUAACUAUGAAAUGAUGACAACAGAUCUUAUUAAUUGGAUUAAAAUGAAGAUUAUGGAACUCGAAGACAGAUCUGUGUCCAAUAGUGUCGAAGGGAUUCAAAAAGAGUUUCUUAAAUUCAAAGAAUACAGAACUGUAGAAAAACCGCCAAAAUAUAAGGACAGAUCUGAGAUUGAAGUACUUCUGUUCAACAUUCAGACCAAAAUGAAAUCAUUGGGUCAGCCAUUAUAUAUACCGCCAGAAGGAAAGUUAGUUCAAGAUAUCGAAAAAGAGUGGACAGCACUUGAAAAGGCUGAGUAUCAGAGAGAGAUGUUCUUAAGGGAAGAGAUGUCACGUUUAGAAAAACUAGAAAACCUUGCCUUCAGUUUUGAAAGGAAAAGUCUUUUACGGGAGGGUUAUCUCAAAGAAAUGAUUCAAGUGUUGAGUGAUCCCCGAUAUGGCAGUAACUUAACUCAAGUUGAGGCGACUGUCAAGAAGCACGAAGCCAUCAGUGCUGAUAUAUUGGCACGAAGUGAACGUUUCAAAGCAUUGACAGUUAUGGCACAGGAGUUGAUAGAUGGUCACUACCAUAACAGUGAUGCCAUCAAACAACGCGAACAACACAUCGCCCAUCAAUGGGAACAUCUUUUAAGUCUUCUUGAAGGACACAAAAACAAUUUGAAUACUGCAUCGAGUUUUAUGUCAUCUCUUAGAGAAGUGGAAACAAUUAAAAACGAAAUCAAAGAGAUUGAGAAAAGUUUGACAUCCGAUGCAAAUGUUGUCGUAAAUCAUCUUUUGGCUGUUGAAGAUCUUCUUCAAAGGCAUACUCUGGAGGCACAGGUGUCCUCACAGGGAGAGACUAUACGAAAGCUAAAUAAUAUAUCAAAAAAUUUGAUGAAAAACGACAAACAACAGAGUUCUUACACCAAUGAACUGAUUGGCAAAGAAGCGCCAUUUCUUGUCGAAGAAUUGGAGACAUUAAAUAACGAAUACUCGAAAUUACAAGACCUACUAAAACUUAAACGAUUGAAAUUAGAAGAACUUCGAGCUUAUUAUCAGUUCGUUCAGGACGUGGAGGAAGAGGAGGCAACUCUUAGCGAACGACAACGCAUUUGUCAGGCAAUCCUUCCUUCGAAAGAUCUUUUGGCAGUUAUUUCAUUGCAACAAAAACAUAGUGUUUUAGAAACAGAAAUCAAAGCUCAUAAAAAUCGGCUGAAAAAAGUCAGCGAUAGUGGAGAACAACUAAUCGCUGCCAAACAUCCAGAAUCGGCUGAUAUUAAAACAAGAAUCGAUAGUCUGACCACAAAAUAUGAUCGUUUGCAUGAAUUGGCCGAUCAAAAGACCAAACAAUUAACUGACGCUAUGGAAGCUUUUCAAUACCAUACCGAUGCCAAUGAAGCCGAGUCUUGGAUGAAGGAAAAGAUGCAAUUAGUCACAUCCGAAGACUAUGGCAAAGACGAACCGAGCGCUUUGGCGCUUCUUCAGAGACAUUCCCGACUCGAGAGUGAGAUCCAGGCGUAUGAAAAUGAUAUCAAACGUCUGAAUACACAAUCCGACAAAAUGAUCAAAUCGGGAAUUGCUUCUCUAUUUAUGAUAUGCGGUGACGCUUUUUCUGCGGCAACAGCUGCAGGUUCUGGAGAUUUAGACGAAUUGAUUACUCAAGAGGAAUGGGUCGACGAGUUGGUCGAAAAAGAGGUUAUCCAAGAUGUCAUCGAAGAGAUUCGAAUUCCAUAUGUGAUGGCAUUAUAUCCGUUCUCAGGACAGGACAAGUUCAGUGUUGCUAAAGGAGAACAUCUAAUACUUUUACAGAAGACCAACAAUGACUGGUGGAAUGUCCGAAAAGAAAGGGAAAGAAAUGAUGGCUUCGUUCCCGCAAAUUAUGUGCGAGAAAUUGAGCCAAAAAUUGCCCAAAAAGUGGUCAAAAAGCCAAUAAAGGUUUGGGAAAAACAAAAAGUGAAGAAAAUAGUUAAUCGAAAGCCAAAGAAACAAAACAAACGAAAUAGUAAACGAAGACUUAGUAUAAUAUGUGACGCGGAAAGUGUUGAACAAAGAAAGAAAAAUAUUAAUACUUCGUUUGAGGAAUUGGUUGAGUCGUGUAAAAUAAGACGACAAUACUUGGAGGAUGCCAUCCAACUGUUCCGAUUCAAUCGGGAAUGCGAUGGAUUUGAGUCGUGGAUAGUAGACACAGAAAAGGCAAUAAUGGACACGACUUGUAUUUAUCAGCAACAAAAAGGCCAACACCAGGGAUCUGAUUUGUUGACGGAUCCAAUCGAAAAGUUGAGGAAAAAAUUCGAAAAUUUCAUUACCGAAAUGUCGGCCAAUAGGUCACGACUUGACGAAAUCGAUAGAUUGGCCGAUGAGUUCACUUCUGGUAAAGUUCAACACUAUUCGUCUAAUAUAAAACAAAGACAAAUACAAAUCCACAAAAAAUGGGAUAAAUUGAAUCGUUUGAUGACUGAGUUGGGAAAAAAUGUCGAGGGAUUGACAACUGUCGAGAUGUUCAACAAUACAUGCGAUGAAACUGCCGAAUGGAUGCUCGAAAAGUUGGAUAAAAUCGAUGUCAGCGGAGACUUUGGCAAAGAUCUUAAGACUGUUCAAGCACUACAUCGACGACACGAUAAUAUUGAACGAGAAUUGGCCGCAAUUGAAGAAAAACUUAAUAAAGUGAAUAUAUUGGCCGAAUCGGUCAAAAACUCGUAUCCGACCGAAAGAAAUACUGUAACAAUGAGACAGAAAGAGUUGGCGGACAUCUGGGAAAAGGUUAAGGAAAAGGCAAAUGAAAGGCGAUCUAAGUUAGAUGAAUCACUCGGUCUUCAAGUUUUGAAAAACUCGGUCAAAGAUCUAUUAAAUUGGAUCAGACACGAUGUCCAGCAAAAACUAAACAAUGACGACAUCAGUUUGGCUAAAGAUGUUGCGACUGUCGAACAAUUAAUUGAAUCCCACGAAGAUUUGGGCAAAGAAAUUGCCGCUCAUAACGACGAGUUUAAUGAUCUGCGACUUUUGGGCAAACAGUUGAUUAAACAAAUGAAAAGUGAAGAAGUUUUAGCGAUAGUCCAAGAGUUAGACUCAGAACAAGAAGGAAUUCAUAAGAGUUGGCAGAAAAAAAAUAAUUGGUUGCGACAGUGCAAAGACCUGAUGAUCUUCAACCAAGAGGCCGACCAAUUGGACACAUUGACGAACUCUCACUUGACUUUCUUAGAGUUUGACGAUUUAGGCGAGACUUUGGAUGCAGUUUUUACUCUUCAGAAGAGACACGAAAACUUUAUCGCAACUCUUUUAGCACAAGACGAAAGACUUCAUCUGUUCAAUGAUAUGGCAAACAAAUUAAUUGAUGCAAAACAUUAUGAUUCGCCAAAUAUUGAUAUCAGACGAAAACAAGUCAUCGAUCGUAGAGUAGGUGUCAAAGAAAAAGCGCUUCAAAGGACACAAUUGUUGAACGACGCUCUCAACUAUCAAGAAUUGAAAGCAGACGCUGAAGACUUUCAGAGUUGGUGUUUGGAUAAGAAAAAGGUUGCAAACGAUGACUCGUAUAAAGAACUCCAGAAUAUGGAGAAAAAAGUUCAAAAACAUGAAGCCUUUGAGGCAGAAGUGGCCGCAAAUCAGAGCCGAUUGACAAUAAUUGAACGAAGAGGACAUGAGUUAAUCUCAUUGUCACACUUUGCUAGCGAUGAUAUCACAACUAUUAUCAAAUUAUGUCAACAGCAUUGGCUUGAGUUGUGUUCACUAACCGAAAGUCGUGGCCAGAGAUUACAUCAGGCGUCGGGACAGUUGGAGUACAAUAAGGGUAUCGAAAGAACUAAAGAGAGAUUACAAGAGCUCGAAAAAUAUAUCUAUUCGGAAGAAACGGGAACUGAUUUAAGAAGUUGUAAAGAAUUACUUCAAAAACACAAUGCAGUCGAAGUUGAGAUAACUGUCAUUGAAAAGAGAAUCCAAGAACUGACCGAAAUGGGAGAAGAAAUGGCAGAAACACAUUUUGACGGCAAAAAUAUACUGAAUUCAUGUAAUACUGUGUCUAAUAGUUUGGCUAAAAUGAAACCAAAAUUAGAAGAAAGAAAAGCAAAACUUCUCGAAUCGUUUAAGUUCUUUGAAUUCGAGUUUGAGAUCAAUGCAGAACUUCAAUGGAUUAGAGAACACAAUCCAUCGGCCAAAUCAAGAACCGUUGGACACAAUCUGACAGAUGCACAGAAUAUGAUUAAGAAAUACAAACAAAAUCUCGAACGAGAAGUUGAUGGACACGAAAAACAAAUACAAAAAACAUUGACAAAAGGCGAACAAUUAGUCAGUGAUAAACAUUUUAAACACCAAUUAAUUGAUGAGAAAUGUCAAGAAUUGGCACAGAAAUGGCAGCGACUGAAGCAAUUAGUUGUCGAACGAAAGAAAUUAUUGGAAAUAUCGCUUACAAUACAACAACUAUUAUCUGAGACCAAUGAAGUCGAGUCGUGGAUCAAUGAAAAGUUCAAUAUUCUUAAUAGUAAUGAUUACGGAAAAGAUGAGGACACGGCUAUCAAAUUGUUGACCAAACAAAAGGGUAUUGAACUCGAAGUUGACACCUAUUCGACAAUAAUUGUUGAAAUGAGUCGACAGGCAAAACAUAUUGUCGAUCAACUGAAGACAACUACUUUUUCUGAUUCAUUCAGCGAUGAGGAGUCAUCUGAAGCACAACAAAAACAACGACUUCCACAACCAAAACAAAGAGUUAACAAACAAGAGAAUACUCUUAAGGAUUCCGAGAAAAUCAUUGAAAAUCGUAUGCAAGACAUCGAUCAACAGAUUAAGAGUUUGCAACGAGUGGCCAAUCAAAAGCGUCUCCGACUGAUUCAAUCAAAACAUUUUCACGAAUUCAUGAGAGAAUCCGAUCAUUUCUUGUCGUGGAUUUCCGAACAAAUGGUUAACGCCAUUAGCGAAGAUUUUGGCAAAGAUUUCGAACACUUACUGGUUCUUCAGUCAAAGUUCUUUGAUUUUAAACGCAAAAUAUUAGCAAACGAUGAAAGAUAUAAGUCUUUGUUAGAGUCGGGACAAAAGCUAAUCAAAACAGAACCAAACGAUAUAAUUGAAAGAAGAAUUGAAAAAAUACAAGAGUUUUGGAAUCAAUUAUUGGAGAACAUUGAGGCCAGAGAACAGAAGUUGUCGGCCGCACAACAAAUACAUCGAUUCAAUAGAGAUGUUGCGGAAGCGCUCUCAAGAAUUCAGAAAAAGUUUUCAAUAAUCAAUUCGAGUGAUUUGGGAAAAGACUUGCAUUCAGUCGAAAGUCUUAUUCGUAAACACGAAGUCUUUGAAAACGAUUUGGUGGCACUCGAGGCACAGCUUCAAGUGCUUAUCGAUGACUCCGUACGUCUUCAGGGACUAUAUCCCGGCGGUAAUGCUGAACACAUUUGUGAACAGCAAAACAUCGUUGUCGAGCACUGGACAGCACUUCAACAGAAGGUGAUCAUCAGGAAGAGACAAUUACAACAGUCGUAUCAGUUACAGGCAAUGAUGGCUUCUGUACGUGAUUUAGAGCAGUGGGCGCUCGGGUUAGACAAACAAAUGGAAACAAUUGAUAGAGUGAGAGACGCUCAGAGCGCACAACUCAUCCGAGUUGACCACCAGAGUCUCAAACUGGAAAUCGAGGCCAGAGAAGAGGUCUUCCAAAGAGUACUCGAAACGGGUCAUCUCAUUGUUCAACAAUCUCAAGAACAAGAUUCCAAUCACUACGCCAUCAAUGAAAUUCAACAAAUGAUGGCACGAGUUAUUGAACUGAGAGAAAGUCUUCACAAGAAAUGGCAUCUCAAUAAAAUACAUUUGGAUCAACUAAUUGAUGUACACUUUUUUAUGCGUGAUUACAAACAAUUGGAUCAAUUGAGUCAACAACAGGAACAGCGUCUGCAAAAUGAUGAUUUAGGUCUUACAGUUGAAGAAGUUGAACAAAACAUUAAAAAACACGAGGCCUUCGAAAAAGUGGUUCAAAGUCACGACGAAAAACUUCUUUCACUACAAGAAUCAGGUCUUAAGUUAAUCAAACAAAAGCAUUUUCAAAGUGAUCUAAUAAAACAAAAAUUAGAAGAAAUAAGUGGUAAACGAGUAAAUGUUAAAGAAAUAUGUUUUCAACGAAGACAACGCUUAAAUGAUGCACUAAUUUUGACUCAAUUCAGAAGAGAUGCCAUCGAAGCAGAUAAUUGGGUGGAAAGCAAACAAAAACAAUUACAGCAACAGGUUGUCAAUGUUAACACCACUUCAUUAGAAGAUAAAGUCAAAGAACUACAAAAACAUCAGUCCUUUCAAUUGGAACUUCAGGCGCACGGCGUUAACAUCAAGAGUAUUAAGCAAAAAGCCGAUCAUCUAAUCGCUAAAUCACAUGAAAAAGCACUUGAAAUUCGUUCCCAAUUAGAACAAUUGAUCCAUAAAUGGAAUCAAUUGCUGGAAGCAUCAGAAAUAAGAGGCCGUGGUCUGGAAGAAGCACAAGAUAUUCUUGAAUUUAAUCAAAACUGCGAAUACGUCGAGUCGUGGAUCAGAGAUAAAGAGUUAAUGGUUGGUCACAGUGACACCGGUGAAGAUUAUGAACACUGUUUGGCACUCCAGAGAAAACUCGAUGACGUCGAUAGCGAUAUGCGAGUCGACGACAAGAGACUCAAACACAUCAAUGUAUUGGCCGACAAACUAGUCCGUCAACAGACAUUAUAUUCAGCGCCACAAUCACCGCAAUCGCAACAGUUUUCGCAUAUCGAUCGACGCAGAAAUCUCUUGAAUGAAAAAUGGAGAGAUCUUCAGAUAUUAAUAGACUCGUAUCGGACAAAACUUAUCAAUGCUGCAGAAGUACAUCGUUUUAAUAGAGAUUUAUGCGAUUUAGACGAACGCAUUCAAGAAAAGUGUCUUAUACUCGACAAAGAAGAAGAUUAUAAAAAUCUAGAAUCAGUUGAAGCACUUCAACGAAAACAAGAAGCCAUUGAAAGAGAGGUUAAUGCCAUUGAGACACGUCUUAAAGAUUUUAUUGAAAAUGAAGGCCGAAAAUUAAUUAACAAAUUUCCGGACAUGACUGCCAAUUGUCGGAACAAAAUCAAUGAAGUUCAGGAUAAUUGGCGACACUUAAGCAAAUUAUGUCACUCUAAGAGAAGUCGAUUGUCAGUGGCUUAUACUUUGCAUAAAUUUCUUGAAGAAGUCAAGGAAACUGACAUUUGGGCCAAUAAUCUCAUUAAUCAUAGAAUGAAAGCAACACUUAAUAACUCAAAUACAAUAACUGAUGUCAGAAAUGAUUUACAACUUCACGACGACAUUAAAACUGAAAUAAUGGCCCGAAAAGACACUUUUCUGUCUCUUAAAGAAUUUGGACACAAACUUCUUCAACAAUUCAAUACUAGUGAUGAACAAAAUCAAAACCCAAAUAAAGAUUUAGUUGAAAAUGGUUUGAAAAAAUUAGAAGACUUGCGACGAUCUCUGGAUCAGGUGUGGGAAGAAAAAAAACACUACUUAACACAAUCACUUCAAUUGCAGUUAUUUAAUGAGCUUUUGAAACAAUCAGAUGAUUGGCUUUCAACUAAAGAAGCAUUUCUUAAUAACGAAGAUUUGGGCGAAUCAUUAGCCGGAGUCGAGUCAUUGAUAAGAAAACACGACAACUUUGAGAAGACAUUGCAAACACAACAAAGAAUUUCAGAAUUGGGUAAAUUUGCCAAUGAAUUGGUCCAAAACAAUCACUUUGACUCAGAAAACAUUUUGGCAAAGAGUCGGUCAGCCGUUUCACGAAAAGAUCGUUUGUUGGAAGUAUCAAAACAACGUCAAAAUAAAUUGAAUGAUUCAAAACUAUUUCAUCAAUUCUUGCGAAAUGUCAACGAAAUCGUCGGAUGGCUUAAUGAGAAACUUAAGGUAGCGAGUGAUGAGUCAUAUAGAGAUUCAAUCAAUUUAUUGUCUAAAAUCCAAAAACACGCGGCUUUUGAGGCAGAAUUAGCAGCUAAUAAAGGAAGAGUUGAUGGCAUUCUCACUGAAGGCGAAUCACUCAUUGGUUCCGGACAUUUCAUGAGUGAUGAAAUUCAAAGUCAUUUAACUCAUAUUGAAAAGUCGUGGCGUAAUCUCUUGGAUGAAAUCACUCUCAAGAAAGAGCGACUACAAGACGCUUAUCAGGCGCUUCAGUUUCACCGAAUGCUCGAUGAUCUCGAAUUUUGGAUGACUGACAUGGAAUCAGUUUUAGCCGAUGAAGAUCACGGAAAAGAUCUGAUUAGUUCACAGAAUAUUAUGAAAAAACAUCAACUCAUCGAAAAUGAUAUUAAYAAUCACAGCGAAAACAUUGAACAAAUCAAAGACCUGACCACAGCUUUCAUACAAAACAAUCAUUUCAUGAAAGACGAGAUCGAAGAAAGAGCUCAUAAUGUGAUCCAAAGAUAUCAAGCACUUCAUGAACCGAUGCAAAUCAGACGCGAAAACCUUGAAGAAGCACUCCUUUUGUUUCAAUUCAAACGAGAUAUUGACGACGAGUUCAAUUGGACUGAAGAAAAACAAAUGCAAGUAAUGGCCACAGAUUUAGGCAACAGUUUACUUGAUGUCCAAAAACUCCGUAAAAAACAUCAAUCACUCGAAGCAGAGAUUGCCGCUCGGGAACCACUGUUGACAACAAUCAUCAGUAAAGGACAUUCAUUGAUUCGAUCCCAACAUUUUGCUGCCAACGAAAUCGAGUCAUUAAUCAAUGAGCUUCAGAACAAAAUCCAGACCAUYAAAGACGCCGCAGCUAUUCGUCGACUGAGACUUUCAGAUGCCAUUGAAUCGCAACAAUUAUAUUCAGAUGUAUUGGACGCAGAUAAUUGGUGGUCAGAAAGGAUGCCAUUCCUCGAGAAUGAAGACUAUGGCAGAGAUGAAGAGACUGUGAUAUCACUCAUUAAAAAACUGGAACUAAUAAAACGCGAUUCCGAGCGUUAUGUGUCUACAAAUUUGUCAAAAAUAUUUCAAUUGGGAAAUAGUUUGAUUGAAAGAAAUCAUUUCGAUAACGAACUAAUCAAAGAAAAGAUCAGUGAUGUCGACAACAAAUUUAAACAUUUGAAUCAUUUAUGUGAUAAUAAAUAUUCAAAAUUAUUGACAAAUAAAAAACACUUUUCAUUCAUAAGAGAUGCCGACGAACUGCUUAUUUGGAUUAAAGAACAGAUGGUUAUCGCCUGUUCUGAAGACUACGGACAGGAUGUGGAACACGUCGAGCUAUUAAUACAAAGAUUUGAUAAUUUUAUUAUAACAUUGAACUCAAAUGAAGAGAGAAUCGCUUCAUUGCAUUCUGCAGUCGGCGAAGGAAUACCAGAAAAUCAGGAAAAAUUAAAUCAAGUAUUAAUGGCUUGGAAUGAAUUGAAAGAUAUGGCUCAGUCACGACAGGACGCACUUCACGGCGCCAAACAGGUCCAUACAUUUGAUAGAAGUGCUGAUGAGACCAUCGCUUGGAUUCAUGAAAAAGACUCGACUACAACAUACACUUCAGACCACGACUUGCAAUCAAUUCAGGCAAUGAUUCGCUCUAACGAAGGAUUUGAACGCGAUUUGGCAGCUGUUCGGGAACAGGUCGAGGCAUUACUUGAAGAAGCAAAACGAUUGGCCGCUUUGUUUCCCGAUGCCAGUGAUCACAUCUUUGCAAAGAACGAUGAGGUGAGAGAAACGUGGAAUGAAUUACUUCAGAAGUCAGCCCAACGAAGACAACAAUUGUUUGAAGCGGAAACUCUUCAGUCUUAUUUUGAUGAAUAUCGAGAACUAAUGGCUUCUAUUAAUGAAAUGAUUGCAUUGAUUACUGCCGAAGACGAGCUGAGUCAAGAUGUGAUCAGUGCUGAGACACAACUUAACAGACAUAAAGAAUACAAAACCGAAAUCGAUGCCCGAAAUGAUUCAUUUAUUAAGUUUGUUAAUGAAGGCGAAGUGAUCAUCAAAUCCGGCCAUUUUAUGGCCAACGAAGUGCGAGAAAAAAUCGACAAAUUAAACGGCGCGCACAAGAAUCUGAUGGAUAUAUGGAAUAAACGAAGAAUCAUUUAUGAACACAACUUAGACGCUCAACUGUUCAAACACGACGCCCAACAACUGGAACAAUGGAUCGCCUCCAGAGAGCCACUGAUAAUCGAUCCAAAUUUAGGCGAUUCUAUUGUAGAAGUUGAAGAUUUGAUCCGAAAACAUGAAGAUUUUGAGAAAGCAAUUAUUUCUCAAGAGGAAAAACUUAAGACAAUUCAAAGAUUGACACUAAUUGAAGAAGAUUUUUGUGAACAAAAGAAAGAAGAAGAACGCAUGAAAAAGGAUGCCAUCGCCAGAAAAGAACACGAAAGAGUACAACAGAUUAAACAAAGAGAACAAAUGAGAAUUCUAGACGAAAGAAGACAUGAAGACAAAGAACUUUAUGAAAACGGACGUAAAUCUAGUCAUGAAAACGACUCUAAAGGUUUGGUCAAGAAAAUGGAAAACCUAUUUAUCCCUAAAGCUGUCAAAAGAGCCGAAAGCGUCAAAUUUGCGUCACCGAAGAGGACACCUAGUUUUACAACCAGAAGACGGAGCUUUAGAUCCACUAAAGUGGUGAACGUAGAGCCGGAUCAGUUGCCACCUCUUGAAUGUGAGGGUAUGUUAGAGCGCAAACAGGAACUACAGGCCGGAGGAAAACGCGCGACUGUCCGCUCGUGGAAAUCAUUUUACACUGUUCUUUGCGGACAAUUGUUGUGUUUCUUCAGGGAUAAGGAGAGCUUCGUCGACAAUCAGGCCUCUGCGCCACCAUUUUCAGUGUUGGGCGCAAAGUGUUCGCGAGCUUCCGAUUACACCAAACGAAAACAUGUAUUCAGAUUACAGUUAAGUGAUGGCUCAGAGUAUCUGUUCACCACUAAUGACGAACAACGGAUGCAGGAAUGGGUCAAUAAAAUUGCAUUUCACGCAUCACUUCCACCAUCGAUGCAAUUACUUAGUUAUGACGCCCAUAAAGAUGUCUCAAUCUAUGGAUCAACUAAUGCGCCAAAAAAUAAAGUUGACUCGACUGGUGAUCAGUCGCCACAAAUCAAUACGGUCUCCAAAUAUGAGACAUCGAGUCAAAGCUCUUCAUCACCAGAAUUCAGCAGAAAGUCUUCCAUUUCAUCAAAUCCUAUGGGUUUACAACCCGUCUCAUCAACUAAUGUCCGAUCGUUGACAUCAAUGCCUAUAUUAACAACCAAUUAUUCAUCCGUUCAAUCAAAUGAAUCACUUAACAAAAGAGGUGCACCACCUCCUCCACCGUUACCACCGAUGCCAUUGCCAACACAAAGUAGUUUCCCAGAAGAAACUGAUUCGUUCACAAAUUUAGAAUCACUUCCAAUGCGACCAACUAAUGAUUUAAUAUAUGGAAAUCAAAUAGAAGAAGUAGAUUAUCAACGAAAAGGUAGUUUCAGACAAAGUUAUCCGCAAACAGAAGUGACGAAUACAAACGGCAACCACAACACCAACACCAACAACAACAACAACGUCAGCGAUCAAAUGUUAAACCCAUACAACCCAUACUAUAUGUCCGAUUCGGUACCAAACGCUUCGGCUGUCGCUUACAAUAGAUAUAGCGCUCAAACAGCUUAUAAUACAUACGCUUCACAUCCAUAUCCUCCGAGUCCCGCAAACCUAAACACACAUCCCUUGUAUGGAAUGACCAGCACUUCCAACACUUAUGAAAACAAUUCUGUAGCACAACAAUGGCUUUUGCAGCAAAACUCAGACCUACGUAUUGCGCAAACCACAUUCCAGUCCAUUCCGACGGCCAGACAUAUGAGUCUACCGACAAACAGUCGACCACCGACUAGUGGUGGUAAUACAUUGGAGCCCAUGUAUGGCAACACUAAGAAUUCAUUGUCAAACAUAACAAACAUAACGACGUCGAGUGAAGAAGAGAUCCAAAAUCCUGGAAAGUCUUCAAACAAGAAGAGAUCGUCGGGAAUGAUGGGCUUCUUUAAGAGAAAACAAUGAAAUGACUAAUAUUUAUAAUGAUAUAAAAUCUAUUUUUUGUUUAUUCUAUACAAAUAUAUAUAUAUUUAU